AGGGUUGGCGAUGAGGAUGCUGAGAACUGGUAUAGGGUGCUCCAGCGCGCCUCUUUCUUAGUUGUAAAAAAAAUGGACGCGGAGGGCUUCUGGGAUACUGACAAUAGAGGCAGUAGAUGUAAAAUAGUUGUUGGAGCUGGUGGAGGCGAUAAGAGUGAU